GCCAUAAUUCUUUCGACAUGCGAACGGCAUCAGAAGGGAUCCGAAGAGAUCCUUCUUUCCUUCGGAUCCUUCUUUUCCGCGGUGGAAGACGCCACCAGCGAGUGGACCGUUUCCUCGAUAGAUCCUUGAUGAGGAACGCAUCAUGAGCAGCAUGGCUAACCAUGGGCGUGAGUCAGCAGGUACUAGAGAGGAGAGGAACGGCGUUGACAGCGAUGACAUCGAGCACACCAUGGGUGCGCAAGGAAGAGCAAGAGGCACAGACAGACAGACAAGCAGCUAGGGCAUGAAAUGAUUCAUGCGUGUGGCCCGCGCGCGGUGUUUGUGCAGGUGCGCUUUGCCUCUCUGACCACCAGCAGCAGCGGCAGCACGAGGAGCGUCCUCCUCCCGCGAGUGUGGACAUCGACCGUCAGGAUCCUGACGAGAACGACUGGGACAUCAACACAGAGCAGAGGAGAAUCGAAGACCAAUGGAAGGUCCGUCCGUUCACACCCACUAGUGCCCAUUGCAUCUGCCUGUGUGAGUCGAUAAGCGAGGGGCGUGUGUGUGUGUGGUUGUGUUGUGUUGUGUUGUGUUGUGCAGGCCCGUCUUGAGUCGAUUGACGAUGCGUAUGCGCGGCUGCUGACAGUGAAGCGGACGGUGUGGAAGUCCGAGCACACGCAGCGGGUGUACGACCUCAGAUACAGAGAUCGAGACAACCCCGCACUGCACGCACACAAAGAGUGAGCGAGCGAGCGGCGGUCACGCAGACACACACGGACAGACACGUUCACACGGAUGGAUGGAUGGAUGUGUGGAUGGAUGGAUGUGUCCGCAGGUCGACAACGGUUGACGGCUAUCGGUCCAACUUCACCGACCACCUGCAGACGCUCAUGCCGGACGGGGCGAGAGCGCUCCCCAGAGGCGCCAGAGUGCUCGACUUGGGCGCAGGUGCGUACCGUACGUUACCUGGCGGACACAUGGGCACCCACCCAUCGAUGUGCAGCUAGCAAAGGAUGGAUACGCCCGUGUAUUGUAUGUGUGUGUGUGUGUAAUUAGCACCCGGCGGGACGAGCAAGUUCUUCUGUGAGGACUGCGACUGCGAUGUGUUGGGGGUGACCAUAGAGACCGACAGGAAGGGCUUCAAGAUGCUCUACAGGUGAGUCCAGGUGAGUGCAGGUCGAUCCGAUCGAAUCGAUGGCAUACAUGUACAGACGUGUGCGUGUGCGUGUGUGCAGCCACCGGAAUCUGUUUGUGCUGUUUGAUGACUUGGCGCAGGAGAUCGACGAGCAGUUCGACCGGUUCUGCGCCAGGCUGGAGGGAUUCAGACCUGACGUAAGCACAUGCCGGCAGUCAACACCCGCGUCUGUCGUGUGUGUGUGUUCACCAGUGAGUGCGCCUGCAGGUGUUCAGGAGGCGUGGCGAGGUCAAAUUCAAGGUCGUGCAUUGCGGUAAGUAAGUUGCCAUCCGUCCAUCCAUCCAUCCAUCCAUCUCUGUGUGUGUGUGCCAUGCCAUGGGUGGUGUAGGUGCGGUGUUGCAGUCGGCCAUGGUGAAGCACCUGCUGCACAUCGAUGACGACGACCCCCAAUUUGACGAUCUCGUGGGUUGUGUUGAUUGAGUGUCCAUCUGUCCAUCUGUCCAUCUGUCGACUCGAUGUGUGUGUGCAGGCGCGAGAGCGUCAGAGGAUGGCAUACAGGACCCGCAUGACACUCAUGAAGAGGCAGCUGCAGGUACCACACAUGGAUGGAGGGAUGGAGGGAUGUGUGUGUGUGUGUGUGUGUGUGAGUGUCUGUGCGCAGCUGGCGCUGCUCUACCUGGAGGAAGGCGGACACCUCAUUUGGAUCUUCAGACCUGGUCAGUCACACUCACACGUCUUGGAGUGCAUUGACGUGAAUGUGUCCAUCCAUCCAUCCAUCCAUUCAUGCGUGUGUGUGUGCGUGUAGGUCACAAGGAGAUCGUCGUGUUGGCUCACCUGCUGCCCCUCUUCACCUCCUUCGCCAUCUUCCGCACCAACUUCCUCAUCAAGAGCCAAAUCAAAAUCGCACUCUGUGAGCAAUCCGCCCCAACACAUACACACCCGUGUGGGUACCCACACACACCUGUGGGUACCUCUCUGUGUGCAGUCGGUUUCCGGCCCUCCCAGCCGCGCACACGGCAGCAGGACGUCACGCCAUCCGUAAGCGAGUCGGCCGAUGGCUGCCCGCAUCAAUGUCUGUCCGCACGUGUGCUUGCUGUGCAGGAUGGCGAGUAUUCUGUGCCGGCUGACUUCCCCUUCCCUGUGCGCAGCAGACGGGAGGCACACAGGCAUGUUCACACGCAAAGAAAGCGACACACCAGCCCAUCCAUCCAGCCGUCCAUGGCAUGGCUGCAUCGGUCAGGUGGCUGAAGAGCAUGCGGUGUGACGUUGACGGCUACCCUGAGGACUUCGACACUGACAAGACACGGGUCAGCGUACAGAGACACACAUGGGAACAAGGGACUAUCCAUCCAUUCAUCUCUCUCGUGUGCGGGUCUGCAGGACCUUGCCGAGCGUGUGUACCGGUGUAUAUUGCAGCCCCAUGUGACGCCGCUCUUCGCUGAGCAAUGCAGGUUCCUCGAGUGGAUUGAAGAGGAGGCGACAAAGGUAUGUAUUUCUGGCCACGGCUGUGUGCGUAUGUGUAUGUGUGUGUAUGUGUCUGAGUGUGUGCGUGUGUGUAGGGUAGCGGUGACGAGGAGCGUCUGUAUCAGCUGGCGCUGCUGCUGAUAGCCUGCCCCAAGAAGGAGACUUACAUGAAUCCAUCAUGACACCUCACCUGCCCACGUAUGCACCGUCGUGUCUUCGUAUGGUUCGUGUGUACAGACAGAGACGUGUGAUGCAAUCGAUCGUCCGUCGUGAGUGUAUAGUAGCCCGCCGUCUUGGCAGACGGAUGGAUGGAUGGAUGCAUUCAUUCAUUCAUGUCUUUGUGGACCAUCAAGUCACCGAUAUCGAUGAAUAUAGACCUUCGAAGAA